CAUGAUUAUCUAUGAUGAAUAUCUUUUAUGGGCGAGCCAGUAAAACAGUUGCUUAUAUUUCGACAUUUUAAAUUUCUAAAGCCGUGUUUUUACAAAUCGGCGGUUAAAGAAAGAGGAAUAUAGUGCAAGAUCUUGACCUACAUACGUCUUGUACAGUUGGUGCACAGCACGUUGGUCGACCCCUGAAUGAGUUUUCACAUCAAAUGCGUUUAUAACACCUGUGCUCGUGUUGCGGCUGUUAAGUUUCCCUGGAAACGACAAACAGAGGUUCGUUGUCAGACAUGAACUACAUUUUGUUUUAGCGUUUACUGGUCCUUCUCCAGGUCACUUUCAGUAAACAUUGGUCGUUAUAUUUCGGUAUCUUCAUGAUGGUAAAGUUACAAAGAAGAACGCAACAGUCGCAUAAAGUAGACUAGUUUACCAGACGUUAGCGACAGUAAACUUGGUGCAGUUCGACUUACGUUAGUUAACAGCUUGUCAAUUAACAGCAGGUCUGCUGCUCUGCACCCGCUACUUUUAUUUUUAUUUUUUUGUGAAAACAAACUAAAUUGAGCAGGAUGUCUGAGGUGGAUGAGGAUGCAGUCUUGUCGGAUGUAGAGGGAGAGGAAGAAGCGCACCAACAAGGAGCCGAAGAGGACGAGAAGGUACAGGUUUGCCAUUUGACCCAAGAAACCAUAGUUCGGGGGCUCUCGUUGCUGUGCCGAACAGGAAAUGGACUUGGACAUGCAUUUGUCAAAGUGGACCUAAAAGACAACGGACUGAAUGACAUUGCUGCAAUCAGCAGUUACACUCACCUACGUUUUGUGGACGUAUCCAACAACCACCUUAUUGAUCUUUCUCCUCUGGCAUCGCUCACCCAGCUGCUCUGGCUGAAGGUUGACAAUAAUGCAGUGGAGUGCUUCGAAGGGCAACCUUUCACUCAGUUGACCUACUUGCAAUGGCUGAGUAUUGCAAGGAACCGGCUAUCAGACCUGGACGGCCUGGUCGGGCCUGCCUUGGAGAGCCUCAAUCUUACAGGUAACGCUAUUCAGAGAGUGAAUGGUCUUCAGAGUGGCUGUUUUGCCAACCUGGUAACUCUGGAGCUGAGGGGAAACCAAUUGGAUACCACUGAUGGCAUCAACCUUCCCAACCUGCGGGAAUUAUAUCUGGCCCAAAAUGUUAUCCAGCAUUUGGAGGGUUUAGAGAAGUUAGAGCGCCUCACCACCCUUCACCUUCGAGACAACAAGCUAGAUACUCUGGAUGGCCUCAGCCCCAACAUGAAGUGUCUCCAAUACCUCAAUGUCAGAGGCAAUGCAAUCUUAGAUGAGAAUGCUGUGCAAGGCCUUGCGCUUGUGUCAAAAACUCUACGAGCUUUGGUCCUUUCUGAAAAUCCUCUGGUGGAAAUGACAGACUACAGGCUGAGUCUACUGAUUCUCCUGCCACAGCUGGAGCGACUUGACAAAGAUCUUGUCGAACCUGAGGAGAGGACUGAGGCCCGGGUUAAAAGCAUGGUAAAGCUGAUAAACAUCUUAUUUCUCUUUGUGGCAUGCUCAGACAUAAACUGCACUUUUGCUGGUUGUUUUAAUGGCAUGCAUGUCCUUUCAGGUACUAAACGAAGAGGAAUUUGAGCAAUAAGAUGUGCAAUGAUGGCCAAAAUGUGGAAGUGUUUGACUUCCUUGAAAACACAGGCUUGGUGUGGUGACUGAUUGUGAAAAGUAGAUUAGGCUACAUCUUGAAAGGGCAUCUGUCUGAUGCACUUUGUAUCUGUAGAAUGUGAAUAUACACGGUUUGCUUGUGUCAUGUUCUUACACUAUUACAGCCUAUCUAUUUUUCUAACAAUAAAAAUAAUAAAUUA